AAAAGACAGUCGCGAAGCGCCGAUCGCGGACGCAGGCACCGCUUAGCGUCGCUAGUGCCUCGUCUCUCCUGUUUAUUCAUCGGGAACAGGGAGUGACACCGGGGACUAUUUUUGUGACUACGCGCGUCGCCGCGAUUCAAAGAGUGUGAGCAGCUAUUUUCGGGGUUACGAUAACCCUGUGUCGGUGAAUCACGGUGGAACUGUGCGGUAGUGGUAAAAAUACCGGUGUUGUUUUUUGAACUGAACUGCUCUUGACUCUAAUAAACAUUGGAAAACUAGAUUAUAAUGCAAAUAUAGUUUUUUAACGUACAUUUCAAAAUCUCAAAAACAGUUCUACAAGUUUUAAUACUUUGUUGAGUCCACGAGUCAUCAUAAAUGUUGUUGAAUUUGUAUGUUUAUCGAUACCUACCUGUCUAUACAACAUGGCCAACUGAAAUUGUCUUUUGGUAAAAGCCCUAAAGAUUAUUUGAGCAAAACAUGAUCCAAAAUUUCCAAAUAUCCAACUAACUUGCAAAGUAAAUGAAAUGAACCUAAUUUUCAGUGCUUAAUACGAUGAAAUUAUAAAAAGGUAGUUUCUACUUGAAAAAAAUGUCUUCAAGGCAACCUAACACCUGAUACAUGACUUGCAUCCGCCGCCGUACCCGAUCUCACGAUACCAGUGCAUAAAAUAAUACAGUAAACGCAGAAGUGACCAUAUUGCGCUCUAAGUGACAGUGUUUUUUUACGAUCCUAGAAAUAGGACCAAAGUCAAUGUGACCGGAGUGUUUGCGAUGCGCUUGCCGGUAAUUUUUUUGUUCUUUUUCGUUGGCGGCAUCGAAAUCGCCAGCGGUCAAGAUGGAGAUCAAACGCCGGCAAUCGGGAUUAAAGGGACCAAGUGCUACGAUGAUUUCCUCAGGCCUCAGCGUUGCAAGCCCGAAUUCGAGAACGUUGCUUUCGGUCUCCAGAUGGAAGCGACCAAUACCUGCGGUGACAACGGACCAACGGAAUACUGCGAACAAACGGGAGUGGCCGGUACCAAAUUGUGCGACGUAUGCGUCGCCGGGCAGCACCAAGCGCGCUACUUGACCGACAGGCAUAAUCAGGACAGUCCCACUUGGUGGCAGUCGGAGACCAUGCUCGAGGGGAUCCAGUGGCCCAACCAGGUCAACCUCACGCUCAGGUUUGGAAAGGCAUUUGACAUCACUUACAUAAGAAUAUGGUUUUGGUCACCCCGACCAGAAAGCUUCUACAUUUCGAAAAAAACAACUGCAGAUGGGCCAUGGAUACCAUAUCAAUAUUACAGCACCACCUGCCGGGACACCUACGGACUUCCCGACAUGCAGCAUACCCGACGAGGAGACGAAGCGAGACCGUUGUGCACAUCGGAAUACUCCGAUAUUUCGCCGCUACGUGGCGGUAAUGUCGUCUUCGGUACGCUCGAAGGCCGGCCAUCCGCAUACAGUCUCGACGCAACGCCCGAGUUGCUGGAAUGGGUGACAGCCACCGAAAUCAUGAUCACACUGGACAGAUUGAACACGUUCGGCGACGAACAAUUUGGAGACGAAAAAGUACUGAAGUCGUACUUUUACGCCAUUGCAGAUGUCGCUGUUGGCGGAAAGUGCAAGUGCAACGGGCACGCGUCAGAAUGCAUCGAUUUGGUGGACGAUUAUGGAGCGAAAAGAAAAGUCUGCAAAUGUCAACACAACACUGCUGGACCAGAUUGCAAUGAAUGCCUACAUUUUUACAACGAUGCUCCAUGGUCUAGAGCCAAUACAACCCAUGCGCAUGAAUGUAAACAAUGUAACUGCAAUGGCUAUUCCAACCGAUGUUACUUCGAUCAAGCUCUGUACGACCAAACAGGUCAUGGGGGUCAUUGCUUGGACUGUACAGCCAACAGGGAUGGACCUAACUGCGAAAGGUGUAGAGACAACUAUUACAUGAAAGAAGAUGGCUACUGCAUAUCCUGCGACUGUGACCCGACAGGCUCUCGUAGUCUCCAAUGUAACCAAGAGGGCGCCUGUCAGUGCAAACCAGGGGUGGCCGGUGCGAAAUGUGACAGAUGCGCCCCCGAUCACUACGAUUUCUCUAGCAAUGGCUGCAAACAGUGCGGAUGCUCAGAAGAAGGUUCUGUAGGGGACGAACCCAGCUGUGAUACCAUCACGGGGGAGUGCUUUUGCAAAGAAAAUGUUGAAGGAAAGAGAUGCAAAGAGUGCAAACCAGGCUACUUCGACCUAGACAAAUCGAACCGAUUCGGAUGCACUCCCUGUUUCUGCUACGGUCAUUCGUCGCAAUGCAAGUCCGCCCCUGGAUACGCCAGAUUCAUGGUCGAGUCGCUUUUUUCGAAAAGCGGCGAAGGGUGGACGGCUGAAGAUCAAUUUGGACGAAACGUCACUGUGGCUUACGAAUCAGCGACGCACAGUAUCAGCGUCAAGGCUUACACGGACGAAAUCGCCUAUUUUGUGGCGCCACAAAGGUAUUUAGGUAAUCAAAGAGCGUCAUACAAUCAGUUAUUGGAGUUCACCCUGAGAACUGCUGACGACCGACCUAUUCCAAGUGCCAUGGAUAUCAUAUUAGAAGGAAGUGGCAGGGUGAUAUCAAAUACAAUUUUUGCGCAACAAAAUCGACUACCAUCUACUCAGGAUCAGAAAUACGCGUUUCGUCUUCACGAACACCCAGACUACGGCUGGCAGCCUAAACUGUCUUCCAUUUCGUUUAUAUCGGUGCUGAGCGAUUUGAAAGCGAUCAAAAUCAAAGGGACUUAUACCCCUGAGGGUACCGGGUUUCUGAGUAGAGUCAAGCUUGAGACUGCUAUCAGAGGACUGUCCGGCGAGCCUGCUCUAUGGAUGGAAAUUUGCGACUGCCCAACAGGUUACGUUGGACAGUUUUGCGAAUCCUGCGCCCCAGGCUUUAAACACUCUCCGGCUUUGGGUGGCUCCUUUAUGCCUUGCGUGCCUUGUGAUUGCAACAACCACUCCAGUUUUUGUGAUUCCGAAACGGGAAGAUGCAAAUGUGAUCACAACACCACCGGAGAUAACUGCGAAAUUUGCGAUAGAGGAUUCUAUGGAAAUGCUCUCGCAGGCACCCCAAAUGACUGCUUGCCUUGUGGAUGCAGAGAAGGGGGUCCUUGUGUCCAAAUUGACGAUAGUACUGUCAUGUGUACCGAAUGUCCCGCUGGUUAUACAGGGCAUAAGUGUGACAGUUGCUCAGAUGGGUACUAUGGAGAUCCUACAGGUAGAUUAGGUCCGCCAUCCCCUUGCAAGCCUUGCAAUUGUAACGAAAAUGUGGAUCCAAAUGCGAUUGGGAAUUGUAACACUAUCACAGGUGAAUGUCUGAAAUGCAUCCAUAACACAGCAGGGAAGAAGUGUGAGACUUGUUUACCAGGUUUCUACGGUAACGCUCUGGCUCUGCCCAAAGGAGAUUGCAAGCGCUGCCAGUGCUACCCGCCAGGAACAGACCAUUCACCGUCAGGCUCGUUGGUUUGUGAUCAGAUCACAGGCGUCUGCAUCUGUAAACACAGAGUCGUCGGAAAGAAUUGCAACCAAUGCGAAGAUGGUUACUAUGAUCUACAUAACGAAGAUGGUUGUCAACCUUGUAAUUGCGACCCGAUUGGAGCUGUCAACUCCACUUGUAGCGUUUUUUCGGGGCAGUGCUUUUGCAGGCCCGGAGUUACGGGCCUGAGAUGCGACCACUGCGAGUCCCGCAAAUACGGCUUCUCGACCGAAGGCUGCAAAGACUGCGAUUGUGACCCGAUGGGCUCCAAAGAGCCCCAAUGCGACGCCACUGGUCAGUGUCCCUGCCUGGAAAACGUGGAAGGCAUACGAUGUGACAGGUGCAAGGAAAAUAAAUAUGACAGGCAUAGGGGAUGCGUCGAUUGUCCGGAAUGUUACAAUUUGGUGCAGAGCGCCGUCAGAAAUCACGAGGAAAAACUAGACAUCCUGGACGAAAUUCUGGACGAAAUCGAAAAUCAACCCACUGUUAUCACAGACGAAGAUUUUCCAGGCCGCUUGGAAAAUACCAAAACGGAAAUCAACGAGCUACAUUUGCAAGCCAAAAAACUAACUGGUGAGAAAAGCCUGCCAAACCAGGUUUCUGACAUCGAUCAUCGCGCUAAAGAACUGCAGAAGGCUUUAUCAGACGUAGAUGAAAAUAUCUACAGCUCAAAAAUUACAAACGAUGUUGCUAAAACCAACAUAGGACACGCAGACGAAAUCAUAGAAGAAGCAAACGAAAAAUUAUCUGAUAUCACCUUGAUCUAUGAAAAUGAAGGUCUUGACGCUCUUGAAGAAGCCACAGAAAGAGCCAAAUUCGUUGGCCAACAAUCGCAAAAAAUGACUGAUAUUGCACAAGAAGCUAGAAGUAUAGCAGAAGAAUUGGAUAGAAAUGCUGAUGAUAUAGUUAGUAAAGGACAAGAGGCGAAGAAUGUUUCUAUAACCGCUUAUGACGACGUUAAAGAAGCAUUCUCUAAGCAGGUUACUAUGUCAGAGGCCUUGCGAAGCCUGAAAAAUAACCUGGCAAAGACAGAACUGAAUCUGAUUAAAUCCAAAGAUUGGAUGGAAGAAGUUAACGAGAAAGCCGAAGAAGUCAACAAGAACGCCCUGGCACUUCUAACAGAAGUGAAAAACCUCGCGAUACCCGAAGUAGAUAUUGUUGAAGUCAAGAGGAAGUCAGAUACUCUCAAAGAGAAGGCUUACACACUUUCCAAUAUAACUGAGGAAAUGUUCGGGGAAUGUGAAAAGUUGAGAAAGCAAGCGGAUCGAAACAGUGCCGGUGGAAGCGAGAUCUUGCAAAGUGCUAAGGAUCAAAGGGAUGAAAUCAAUGAUCUAAGGAACGAUUUGGUGUUCUGUGAUAGUCAGGUUAAGGGGACUAUCAAUUUGUGGAAUGAGAUUUUGGAGGGGGCUGAGACCAACUACAAACUUCUUACAGAAUUUGACACCCAAACCCAGAAGAGCAAGUUUGAAGCCGAGACAGCACUGAAAAGUAUCAGUGAAAUUGAAGAAAUAAUCAAUAAGAUCCAAGCAGAUACCGAAUAUGCCCAAGCUAACUUAGAUGAAGGCAGAAGCAAUGCUGAUUCUGCCUUGGAAAAAGCUAUACAGGCAGACCAGCUGGCUAAAGAAACAUCAGAGAAAGCAGAGCAAAUAAAGAUGGAGGCGGAGCAACUGUUCCUUAACACGACUUCGUUGAGUGAAGAGGCAGAUUUAAUGUUCGAUAGAGUCCUGAACACUGAGGGAGAAUUGAAGAACCUCUUGGAGCAGACGCGGAGCAACGAAAGUCUUGUUGAAGAGGCUAAAGAAAAAGUUGGCAGAGCCGAAAAGGAUACCGAAAGCGUCUCCAAAAAGGUCAAAUCACUCCUCUCAGACGUCGAAGCAAUCAUGUCAGAACUUCAAAACUCCCCCGAAAUCAACGAAGUAGACGUGAAGAAGUUAGAACAAGAAAUAGAGAAAAUGGAAAUAAGAAUCAGAGACGCCAGACUCGAAGAGAGACUAGAAAAUCUUCAGAAAGAGCACAAACUCCAAACUGAGCUGAAAGAACAAUACAAGACGCAGAUAACAUUGUUGCAAGCGGAAGUCGAUAGUAUUGAAGAAGUUGUGAAAGCAUUGCCGGAUGAGUGUUUUUCAAGUGUGGAGCUUGAACCUUAAGGUUGAAAAAUGGAUGGAACUUGUAAAGUCGUUAAAUGCUGCCAAAGACUCCCAGUGAUAUGUUUUAUAUUAAAACAAUUUAAAGUGAGAUAGUAACUUUAUGUUUUAGGCAGUACGAUUUUUAUCAAUAACAAAUUAUCGACUGAUAAAAUUUCCACGUAGUCUGAAUGUCUGAAUAUUAUUGACGCUGAUUUCUGUACGAUGUAAAUAUUUUAUAAUCCAGUUUAUUUUUAUCCACAUUAAUAUGUUGCAGAUUAUUUACACUCCGUUAUCGUAAUAAAAAAUAUGUUUUGUUGUCUAACAUCCUUUGUGUUGUAAUCAUAAGUACAUUUUGUAUAAUAUUUG